AUGGUGCAGUGGUUGCAGGCCAGAGACAUUGCUGCGGACAUCAGCAUGAUGAAGCUGCUGUUAUACUCGCUCAUAAAACAAAAUGAGCCUGUGACGCCCAAAUACAUUGUAGAUGAAAUUGCGAUGAAAUAUGCCGUUGUCAAAUCCGUGUUAAAGAAAGGUGAUAGCAAAGAUAUCAAGAAGUACCAACCUAUUUCAUUGCUGACAUCAUUUUCCGAAAUUUUUGAAAAGUACUCUAGUAAAGUUUCAUCAGGAAGAACUACAACUCCAGUUGUUGCCCAGCCUCGUGAAUCGCUCUCAUUAAAAAAUGAGUUCACGUUGUUGGAAAGAGAGCUCUUACCAAAAGCAACAUCACUGUCUUCACCCUCUUCUGACACUUCAACAUCAUCGACAUCAACGAAAAAGAAGAAUGUUGCUGACAGUAACAAAUGGCAGGAGAUAACUAUUAAUUACUCAACACUGCCUCAACAGUAUCUGAAGCUGUCAAAGAUCAGGCUUACAUCACUUGUUGUGAUGUCAUCAAUGGCAGGAUAUGCAUUGGCUCCUGCUCCCUUUGAGCUUAGCACAUUCAUUUUGAGCUCAGUGGGAACAGGGCUUACAUCCUGUGCAGCAAACUCCAUUAAUCAGUUCUUUGAAGUGCCUUUUGACUCGCAGAUGGCCCGUACGAGAAACAGGGUUUUGGUUCGUGGUACACUGACACCCUUGCAUGCUAUUUCGUUUGCUGCAGUCUGUGCUGUGACAGGGUUAUCGACACUCUACUGGGGAACAAAUGCCCUCACAGCUUCAUUAGGAGCUGCUAAUCUUGUUCUCUAUACUAUGAUAUACACCCCUCUCAAGAGGAUCAGUAUUCUCAACACUUGGGUUGGAGGUGUAGUUGGCGCUAUACCGCCACUCAUGGGAUGGGCUAGCUGCAUGGACAGCCUAGGAGCAGGUGCUUGGAUAAUGGCAGGAAUACUGUAUGCAUGGCAAUUCCCACAUUUCAAUGCACUCUCAUGGAACCUGCGGCCAGACUACUCUCGUGCUGGUUAUCGAAUGAUGUCGGUAACUGAUCCUGAUCUGUGCCGGAAGACAUCACUGCGUUACACAGGAGGCAUAUUGAUCCUAUCUUGCCUAGCACCAGUAAUGGAUAUUACCAACUGGUACUUUGCUCUUGAAUCGAUACCUCUUAAUGGUUAUUUCCUGUACUUAGCUUGGAAGUUCUACAAGGAAUCCGACACCAAAACAUCGCGCAAGCUGUUCCGAUUUUCCCUCAUUCAUCUUCCUGCACUUAUGUUGCUAAUGCUAAUCAACAAGAAAACUUGGGCGACUAGUGAAAAUAAAAGUGAUGAACUUGCGGAAACACCGUUGGUGGAAGUAACAAAUGAAGAGAGGACUAACACGUGACAGUGAUGUGCUGUAGUUGUAGAGGUAUAGUUUAUACUCGCAUGUUGAAGCGAGUCUUGUUGUUAAUGCUUCAUUGAUGUUGAAUGGAAGACUGUUUUAACCCAAGGUUAUUUCAUCUUCCAUUGUUGAAAAUGUGACAAAUUACCAGAUAUCUGAAAUUAUAUUUUAUCUGUACUUAAUGUGCAAGCACAUACACUGCUCCUGUCUGGAGCACGAGUCAUUUGUACAGUUCGUUUUUUAGCCAAUGUUUUAUUUAUUUCAGUAAAUAUUUUUCAAAAAUAAAAAUUAUGUCAAAAUAUA